AUGAAGUAUGCAGAGGUUAUUAUAGGACCUCCCAGCAGCGGGAAGUCUACCUAUGUCAUGAGCAAGAAGGCGGUGCUUUCGCACAGAAACCCAUACACUGUGAAUCUUGAUCCGGGAAACUGCAAUGAUGGCCAGUUCGACUAUUCGAUAUGCUCGAUUUCGUCGUCCCUGAAGUACCAGGAGAAGCAUGGGGUUGGGCCCAACAUGUCUGCAAAGUGUGUUCUUGAGGAGUUCGCUGCAGGGAUCGACGAGUUCUUCCGAGAGAACAUCGAGAACACAGACCACUAUGUCCUGUUCGACUUUCCAGGACAAGUGGAGUUCUUCAUGUCCAGCGACAUCCCCAACGGCAUCCUUAGAUAUCUCCGGAGCAAUGGAUACUCGGUUGUUGUUGUCAACCUCACUGAUCUAGUCUUCUUCUCAAAUGACCAUUCUUUGCUUUCGUCAUAUCUGGUUUCCACGCUGUGCCUUUGCCUUCUUGAGUCGGCCCAAGUCAAUGUAAUCAGCAAGUGCGACAACUGGAAGAAGCUUGAGAUGAAGCAUUCUUUAGAAGAAAUUGCAUCACUCGAGUGCCUAGAAGAUGUGCAAAAGAAGGGAAAGCUACACGAAGAGAUGGUUUUGUUUAUUCAAAGCCAGGGACUGUUGUCAUAUGAGGUUCUGGACUACGACAAUACAGACUCUGUCUUGAAUCUUCAGAUCACCAUAGACAGGGCAAGCGGGCUGUUUUUCGAGGAUGACUACUUUGCAGUGGAAAAGAUAACGAACAUUGUCUCAAGGGAUGAGGUGCUCUCAAGGUACAGGUAG